GGGCAGUGCGGUGGGCUGCGCAGACCGCCCCCGCCGACGUGGUGGCAUUCCGCGAGCGCGCGCUCGCGGCACUUCGCGAGAGGGAUCGGGCUCUUCGGGCCCGUGGCGCCGUGGAAGAAUGGUUCCAAGGCGUGGACCCCGCCAUGCAGCGCGUCGCACAGCACGUGAACGGGCCUCUCUGCGCAGAAAUCGCGGAGCGCAUUGCCUCUGCGACCCAGCUCCCGCGGUCGGGCCACGGCAGCCAAGAAGUGUUUCCACCCCGUCUGGGCAUCGCGGAGCUGCUGGGCAACGCCGAGUCCGCGAAUCGCGACGUUUCCUCCGGUCUCCGCGACGGCGCGCACGGCGAUGCCAUCCUUCGCAAGACAAGGGACGAGUCCGCGCUGGGGCGCAUCUGCUGCCCGGUGCCGCUCCGUGACGUGUGCUUGGAAGGGGUCGUCGUAGCUCCGAGGUUUGCGGUUGAGAAGUUGCGCGAAGACGGGUCCUUGAAACUCCGGUUGGUCGACGACAUGACCAAGGCAAGGCUUAACGAGGCGACGCGCCCUCAGGAACGGCUCCACCACGACGCCGUGGACGCGCCCUUCGAGGCAGCUCGCAUCUUCCAG